AUUUGGAAGGAUAUCCACCUUUCAACAUUCUAGCUGAAAAAAUCUGCACCAUGAAGAUUGUAGUAACCUUCCUGCUUGUGGGUCUGUGCAGCUAUGUCAGCUCACUUCCUUUGACCAUACCUCCUGACCCAUUGACGUCAGAAGAUGCUGUCGGUGUUGCCUACAUGAUGGCGACAGCAUUAAGCCCAUUGCAGAUUUGCUCCCCACUUGACAUAUAUUGGACUAAGAAAGCUGUAGUACAGGAUCUCAUUAAUAUUUUGAAAAUUGUGAAUGUCGACAUGCAAUCGUUAAGCAAUACCUUGGGGAAACUGAAAUACAUUGCAUCAAAUCCCUGGAUCCCAAAUGCACCACAGGUCUGUCCAACUGAUGCUUUAUUCAAUGACCUAAUAAACAGUCAGCGUGUGGAUGACUUCAUUAAGUUAGCCGUAGGUCUUGUGAAAGACCGUUUAAACAAUGCUGGUAUCAAUCUUGGAACAGUACUCAACAAACUGAAUAGAAAAAUGGGUGGCAUUCUUAACUUAGCACUCAACCUGCUUUCUACACCCUUAAGCCUUCUUAAAACUACUAAUAAUGUUGCUACAGGUGUCAGUAAUGCAGCUUCUGGAGCUUUAAAUAGCAUACCAAGUUUAGUAAGCAAUCCCCUAGGUUUAUUAAGCAAUCCCAUAGGAGCUGUCAAUGAUGCCAUAAAUAACGUUGCUAACAAUGUCCUAGCUACUUUGCCUGGUGUCCUAGAUACAGCAAAUAGCAUUUUAAGCAGUAUCACUAAUGCAGUACCCCUAGGUGGUACUCCUGGAGCAAGUACUGUUGGUCAGUUUGUACCAGGGUUCAUAAGUGGCAUUCCUGGAGCAGGCAAUGCUGGCCAACUUGGAUUAGGGUUUCUUAGUGGCAUUCCUGGAGCAGUUAAUGCUGGCCAACUUGGAUCAGGGUUUCUAAGUGGCAUUCCUGGAGCAGUUAAUGCUGGCCAGCUUGGAUCAGGGUUUCUAAGUGGCAUUCCUGGAGCAGUUAAUGCUGGCCAACUUGGAUCAGGGUUUCUAAGUGGCAUUCCUGGAGCAGUUAAUGCUGGCCAGCUUGGAUCAGGGUUUCUAAGUGGCAUUCCUGGAGCAGUUAAUGCUGGCCAGCUUGGAUCAGGGUUUCUAAGUGGCAUUCCUGGAGCAGGCAAUGCUGGCCAGCUUGGAUCAGGGAUUCUAAGUGGCAUUCCUGGAGCAGGCAAUGUUGGCCAACUUGGAUCAGGGCCCCUAACUGGUAGUGCUGGAGCAGGUAUUACUAGCCAACUUGGAUCAGGGCCCCUAAGUGGUAGUGCUGGAACAGGUAUUACUGGCCAACUUGGAUCAGGGCCCCUAAGUGGUAGUGCUGGAACAGGUAUUACUAGCCAACUUGGAUCAGGGCCCCUAAGUGGUAGUGCUGGAACAGGUAUUACUGGCCAACUUGGAUCAGGGCCCCUAAGUGGUAGUGCUGGAACAGGUAUUACUGGCCAACUUGGAUCAGGGCCCCUAAGUGGUAGCGCUGGAGCAGGUUUUACUGGCCAACUUGGAUUAGGGUCCCUAAGUGGUAGCGCUGGAGCAGGUGCUCUUGGUCAGCUUGGAAUAGUUUAGCAGGGUCUUCAGCCUGCCACUCAAGCAACAAAAAUAGAAAUCAGUUUUUUCUCUUAUCUUCAUGAUUUCUUACUAAAUCAGCUUGCUAUGCGUAACAUGUUAAUUAAUCUAUAAUUCUCUUAACAUUACACUCUACUUUCAUAUAAUUUGUGUAUCAAUAAAUCUAUCGAAUUAAA